AUGGGACUCAUCAGGUCACAUCUUGCCGCAUACGGAAUAGUUGAUUCAGAAAAUGAUGAUUCAUGGUUAUGGUUCUUUGAGAAUUUUAAAAAUGCAUUCGGUGAAAGGGAAGAUAUGUGCUUUGUUUCUGAUAGAAAUAAGAGAAUUUGGAAUGCUACUGCAGCUGUUUAUCCCGAAUUCAGACAUUACGCAUGCAUAUACCAUCUAUGGACCAAUUUACUAAAGAAAACAUACAGAGAUACAGAAGAGGUUAGAACAUUAUUCUUCAGUUUAGCAAAAGCUUACACUGUUCAAGAGUUUGAUGAAUUGAUGAAAAUGAUGGAUCAAAUUAAUCCAAAAUACCGUGCUUAUCUACAAAAAGCAAAUUAUGAGAAAUGGUCACGCGCACAUUCACUAGUAAAAAGGACUUGGACACUAACAAGUAACAUUGCAGAGUCACUAAAUAAUGCUAUUCUUGUUGGAAGAAGGUUACCAGUGGUACCAUUGUUGGAAUUUGUUAGAAAAACAAUUGAAGCUUGGAAUGAGAAACACAACGAAGAAGGUAGAAAUACUACAACAACCUUGGCUAGUAAAUUCAAUGAAAUGUUGGAGGACAAUAGAAAUUUGUCUCAUCGUAUGCUUGUACGCGCAUCAACAAUACACCUUCAUACCAUUACAGAUGGUGCAAAGAGGUUUACGUUGUACAAUUGA